AUGAAUUACAGUAAAGUAGACUCGUAUUCCAAACACAGACACGUCCAACAUAAUGCUGCUUUGCAAACCCUAUCUUUACUGGAUGGUCACUGGAGAGACGGGGAUGUCGUUUUGGAUGUUGGUUGUGGAACUGGAGACGAAACUAAAAUGAUCGCUGAAAUGGACAAUGUCAGUAGUGUGAUAGAUGUUGACGUAUUAACGCAAAUGAUUGAGUAUGCCAAAAAGCAUAACAAGAUAACUGGAAAAAUGGAGUAUUUACAUGCUGAUGUGUGUACAUUAGUGGAAGACCAUCCACAGUUAUGUAAUCGUUUCACAAAGGUAGUUUCGUUCUUCUGUUUUCAUCGGUUUGAGAAUCAAAAAGACGCACUCAAGAAUGUUUACGCGUGUUUAUCUGAUGGCGGUGAAUGUGCUAUUCAUGUCGUCUACAAGAGUGCAGCAAAAGAUACUAAUAAACAGAUGAAUCGCCAUGAAAAAUGGAAACACCAACUGCAGGGUUUCAAUGACGGCCUUUAUAUGUUUCCGGGAAGCCCUGAAGAAUUUGCUGAAAGUGUAAGGGAAUGUGGCUUUACUGAGGUCAAGUGUUAUUCUGGUGACAUGACUAUCAUUUAUUCGGCAGAACAGAUGAAAGGUAACAGUAUGAAUACAUUAUCAUAUUUUGACAAUAUUUCUAAUACAACUAGAGAGUUUUUAUUAAUUAGAUCGUAUGAUGUUCAUGCUGCUUAA